AUGGAGAGCCUUGAGGAAAUGGCGCGCCCGCGCGAUUCGGCCGACCUGGAAAGAGGAGCUACUUCACUCAACGACCCGUCUUCCAGAGCCCCAUCAGUCGCCGAGGAUACAUCAAUAAUCUCGAGUGACCUUCAGCCCGAUGGGAGAGAAACACCGUUCACUUCGAACUCCAGUAUCACACAGCCGGAAGUAGACGCAGGCGCAGGGUUCCGAAAACCUUCACAAGAUGACACCACUCCUAUACCUCCUUCACGAGUCCUGUCCCCGUUCGCUCCGAUUCCUUAUAACCCACCUGUCGCGAGAUCGGCUAGCGUGAGCGGAGGAGAAGAGGAAGGCGAAGAACCUCAGAUCGCGACAUCGUUCGAGCGAGAGUCAACUCCAACCUCGGCGCAGAAGCGACGCUCAACGUUUUUCGACACCAGUGAGGAAAACAUAAAUCGCAUGCACAAGUUUUCCGUGUACGAAACGGCAACCCGGUUCUACAUCGUUGGCAUAAACAUAUCCGAGACGCGGUUCAGAAUCUUAAAAAUUGACCGAACAUCGGACACGGAAGAUUUGAGUGUCGCCGACGAUGACAUCGUGUACAACAAAAGAGAGAUGAAUCAGUUACUAGAUACCAUAGAUGAUGGCAAUAAGAGCUCCGGUGGACUGAAGCUCCGGUGCAGUGCUUGGGCUUUGCUCGGGUUCAUUCGGCUCACCGGCGCAUACUACAUGUUGCUCGUGACGAAACGCAGCCAAGUCGCAAUGCUUGGUGGUCAUUACGUCUACCAAAUCGAUGGAACAGAACUUAUCUCUUUGACAACUGCGAGUACUUCGCGUCUCAAGCAGGAGAAGAACCCCGAGGAGGCCCGGUACAUCGCUAUCUUGAACAAUUUGGACUUGACACGCUCGUUCUACUUCAGCUAUUCUUAUGACAUCACUCGCACUCUCCAACAUAAUGUCUCGCGUGAGCGCAAAGCGCACCAAGAUGGUCUUCCAAGACCACUUGACCAGGACUACAAUACUAUGUUCAUUUGGAACAAUCACUUACUUGGGCCCGCCAUUGCGACGUUGAAGAAGCCGUGGGAAUGGUGUCUGCCCAUAAUUCACGGAUAUGUGGAGCAAGCAAAGAUGCCUAUAUAUGGUCGUUUUGUGUACAUCACGAUUAUUGCGCGACGCUCCCGGUUCUUUGCUGGUGCCCGUUUCCUGAAGAGAGGCGCCAAUGACCUGGGAUAUGUCGCCAACGAUGUCGAGACAGAACAGAUUGUGUCGGAGAUGGCAACUACAUCUUUCCAUGCGGCUGGCCCGGAUCUGUACUCCAAUCCCCUAUACACAUCAUAUGUGCAACAUCGUGGGAGCAUCCCCCUUUACUGGACGCAGGAGAACUCAGGAGUUUCUCCCAAGCCGGAUAUACAAUUGAACCUGGUAGACCCGUUCUAUUCCGCAGCAGCCCUACACUUCGACAACUUAUUUGAGCGAUAUGGGGCUCCGAUAUACGUUCUCAAUCUGGUCAAAGCAAGGGAGAGGACACCGCGAGAGUCUAAGCUUCUGAAGGAAUAUACCAAUGCCAUCAAUUAUCUCAACCAAUUCCUACCGGAGGACAAGAAGCUCAUCUACAAGCCUUGGGAUAUGAGCCGUGCUGCCAAAAGCCGUGACCAGGAUGUCAUCGGCACACUUGAACAGAUCGCUGGAGAGAUCAUCCCGAAGACCGGAUUCUUCAAGAACGGGCGCGAUGCUGAGUCUGGUCUGCAGCUCCAGAAUGGUAUUGCGAGGACUAAUUGUAUCGACUGUCUCGAUCGCACCAACGCGGCGCAGUUCGUCAUUGGCAAGCGAGCACUUGGGUACCAGCUUCAUGCCCUUGGCAUUAUCGACGGGACAACGGUGGAAUACGACACAGAUGCCGUCAACCUGUUCACUGACCUGUGGCAUGACCACGGUGACACUAUUGCAAUCCAAUACGGCGGGUCACAUCUCGUGAACACCAUGGCGACGUACCGCAAGAUUAACCAGUGGAGUAGCCAUUCCCGAGAUAUGGUGGAAAGCUUCAAGAGAUAUUAUAACAAUUCGUUUCUCGAUGCCCAGCGUCAAGAAGCGUACAAUUUGUUCCUGGGGAAUUACAUUUUUGCGCAGGGCCAGCCCAUGCUGUGGGACCUUUCGACUGAUUAUUACCUACAUCAUGCAAACCCGAGGUCAUGGUCGCAAAUGAAACGCCCCAAUUACAUCCGCUGGUACACGCCUGACAAUCUGAAUAAGAAAGAACUCCCUCCUCCUACCCGUGUCCCCAAGGAGCCUCUUUCUCGCUAUGACGACUACUGGUUCGAGUACUACCGGCCACUGUUUCUCUCAACCUUGUCUAAGUCAUUCUCUUAUAAGAUGAACUCAACUGGCCGCUACCCUUCAGUCCGACAAGCACCCGGCCAACAAUAUAAUCCGAGCCCAUUCGUUCCGCGAAACCCCCAUGAGCAUGUGCAUAGAGACCGGCCUCCACAGCGCACUGUCAAGAUCCAAGAACCCGAGAUUAAUUCAACAGUCACUAUCCAUCCGUCACGACAGCUGAGGCUGAAGAGUAUGAACGGUACAUCAACCAUCCUCUGA